GUUGAAUUUAUCUACGUGAACGGCGAAGCGACGCUGGGCAACAGGCUGUGUUGUUGCGGUUUGUGUUUUUGAGUGGGGAAACAAAUCAUUCGUCAUGCGAUAGCGCUAUCGUAGCUUAUCGGUCUUUUCUCUCGUACAGAGCUCAGUGCGCUACGCGCGUUCGUCUUGAGGAUUCUUUAUUCCCGUUAGGCUGCAUUAUAACGAUGAUCUCCAUCCAAAACCCACAGCUCAAGGCCAUAUUUCUCGUUCACCUGCUCCUCACAGUAUGGCCGUUGCAGGAAGCAUGGGCCCCCCAAGCGUAUCUCUACUACAACCUCAUUUAUCUGCUGAUGUUGGCUUGGGCGAUACAUCACAAGGAUUCCGAGGAGCCCGUAUUUAUGGCAUUAGCAAUAAACCUUGGUACAAUCCUAAUGGACAUUGUCACACUGGGAAUGCACUUCCCGCACCAAUUCACAUUCUGUGCUGGCAUUGCCAUUGUUAAUCUUUUGUUUCGGCCAGUGUCGUCAGUAUUUCUGCUGCGCAUCUUCAAUGAGCGGGGAGGCAGAUAUGCAGACCUGGGCAUUCCAAACUUCCCUGGCGGUGUGGGCAGCACUGGCCGAGGUCAGUACGAUGAUAUCGACCAGACUACUACCCAGAGCGUGCCGAAGACCGGAUUAGACACUGGAAGCCCAAGCCAUGUGUACUCCUCAGGAGGCGAUGGGCUGCCGCCUUACUCGCAGCCAUAGUCGCUCAAUCGCAGCUUCCCCACUCAUUUUGUUGGAACAGUGCCGUCUUCAGUGGCCAGAACUGACGUCUGACCAUGAUUGCACACGCACUCUUCAAUUCAGCAUCUAGUUUUCUUGUUUCUCUCUGUAUCUCUUCUUCAAUUAAUUGUCCACAGUUGAAUUCCUUUGCUUAGUAUGGUACGUGAACCUUGUGAGGAAGUCUUGAUGGCCAAGUAUGAGCUUAUUUCGCCAGUCUUGUGUGGUGUAAGAUAACGUGUUAAGACCGAUUUACUUCAUUCAUUUAUAUGCUGGCCAUGUUAGUGUACCAGCAUGAGCAGUCUUCCCACGGUCCUGGUAACAAAAGCAUGUUCAGGCUGUGGAAAUGUACAAUUCUUUGUAGCUCUGAAGUCUAAAUGAUGGCUUAAACAGAUAAGGCUUAUAAGUCUGUCUGGUGUUUGCUUUUUAAUCUUUAAUUUAUUUACUACUGUCAUGAAAUGGCUUUCUAAACCAUGCUGCAAGGCCAAGAGCGUUGAUUCGAGCUGUUGGUGGCACUGUUCAUGAAAAUUUACUUGUCUUACCUCUUGUAAUGCCUAAAUGUUAAUAGGUUGUUCUUUUUUAUGUUAACUAAUGCAGCGAAGCAUGGCAUUUUUUUGUGCACAUGUUAGCUGAAUACAAUAAAUCGCUCUGCAAUCUUCUUUUUCUUUAAAUUUGGUCAUGGACAAAGAACUGAAGUAUAGCAUUUAGAGUAGCAGUUGUUAAUGCUGUUUUUGUCUCAUAUAACUUUGUUCACACAUAGGUCGCUCAUUUUUGGCCAUUGAAGACAGUGCUACUGUUUCUCUUGUAAACAAGCAAUGCAUUGCAAGAAUGACGGCUGGAAAAUUUUGUUGAAUGUGUGAAGUGGGUACUGAACAAUUGAGCAUUGUUUCUUUGCAUUAAGCUACAUGUGCUAACGGGCAAAAUGCAGCAGCUUAGAAAGAAAUUUCACAGUAUCUUCCGCAAUGGCAUUUGAAGGCUUUACUGUUCCCAGUUUUAUAACACUCAAUUUUUUUUUUCUAAGAUGUGUGUGAACCAAAUAUCCCUCCUUAUUUCCAAAGGCACCACUUCUGACCGCAGGAAACCAGUAGAAUGGUUUACCGCGAGUGUACCUGGCAGUUCUUCGCUCUGGCUGCUUGUAUGGAAGGAAAAAGAGAUUAGUACAGCUUCGCCCUUUCAUCUGUUCUGCAGCUGGCUGUUGUUUAUACACACUUUUGUUUGGAUGUGCUUUCUUUUUCUAGUCAUUGUUGGGAGUGCCACUGUUUGCUUGUUGCACAGACUGGCUGUACUUUUAUUUUUUUGCGCAUGUGAUUGAGAAGUUUCAUAAAUAGGGGAUUCAAAGUCAUGAGACACUAUCAGACACUGCGUAAGCAGCGCAUUGCGUGGCUCGGUGCCACUGAUACAACUUCUUGUGCGUUCCUGUAGUCCCUUUAGUUCUCGAAAACCACUUGCAUCCUCUAUUCCUAAAACGCUUUAUUGUGUCGGCCAACUUUAAGCUGUAAAGAGCAUCUCGUGAUAUUUGCAUCUGUAGCUCUUUUCUUAAAGUACUACUGACAUGCAAUUUUAGACUUCUAAUUUUUUUUUUUUUUUGCAUUAAAUAAAGGUCCUAGACCUCAGAACUCUACAAAAAAUACCGACAAGCUUCAAUAUUCCUAAAUAAUUUACAGGAAGAGCUUUUAUUUUAUCGAGGGCCUUUAUUUAAAGCAAGAAAUAAAAGUCAAGAAUGUCAUGUGAGCAUGCCUUAAAAAGUGAGCAGGGACUAGUUUGUCUAUGUGCAGCUUAAUGCUUUGCAAUUCUAAAGCCUUUUAGUGCAGCUAUGCACACUUCACUGUCGUAGGACAUUUUGUGGAUUGUUGACUGUUUCUUUAUUUUAUAGUUACCAUUUUCUAGUUUUUAUGUCCUCUGCAGCAAGCGUCAGCGCUUUUAUUUUUCCGUGUGAAUGAACUUGUUGCCGAAUUACCAAAUGUCCAUUGCAUUCUGAGCACUGUCACUGUUUCGUGCAAGUAUUUUUACACCAUUCCUACUGCAUUCUUUCUUGAUACUAGUGAAAGUUGCUUGAAACUAAGGUACUUAUUUUUGAUGUGUCCAUAUUUGUGCGUGUAUCCAAGAUUUUUUGAAGCGCUUGUUGGUAUAGCUUCUUCACAGUAACUUUUCACACUUGGCUGGAGCAGAGAACAUUUUUAAUUUUCUUUGCUUCAUUGGUUUGGUUGUUGAAAGAGGCAACACAACAUGCAGCUGUAAGUGGUUUAAAGUGUAUAGCCACAGUUCGUUUCAAAGCACUGCAUCAAAUACCUGAAAUAGAGUUAUUUAACUUUUGGGGAUGCCUUUACAUCCAUGAGGCACGUGCUCCAGACUAGUGCAAUUGUAACAGUUAUUUGAACGACCAUCCUUUUUCCCCAGCACAUUUGUAUUAUAGAGUCGCUCUGAAAGAGGUAUCCAGGGAGAUUAGUUUUUGUAACUUAACAUAAAAAAAAAAUUUUUUUGUCACUUAUUCUUUUCUCGCACUUUCAAGGUGCUCACUGUGUGAUGUGAACAUUCCUUAUUGUCUCUGCCUCUAUUAUAAACCUGUUAUCUUCUCAGAGGCUCUGUCAUUCUUGGUGGCCAGCAACCACUUCUGUGAGACAGGGUUGGCAAUUUCAUUAACAUAAGCAUGCUGUGUAAGUUUGAAUGCUAUUUGCUCAUGUAAGUAAUGUGUGUGUGUGAGUGUGUUUUGGAACAUGGAAUUUGCAGGUCUAUUCCAGAAAAAGGUGCAAGUAGUAGUACUUGGAAAGUUUGUUUCCACUGUGAGCAGUUAUCUAAGUCUGUGGACGUUAUCUUGCAUGUGGUUGAAAAACAUUUAUGAAAGGAAAACGAGCAGUUACUGACUAUUUCACUUUCUAAGCUCCUUAAAUUUUUCACCUUACACUGGCGGCAACUCAUCCACAAUGAAAUGUAUAGAAGGCGAUUUCCAGCCUCGCAUCAAGUUAGAGUGGCCAACCUGUAGAAGUGGUGCAUAGCCGAACCAACUUUACAUUUAAAGGUUGCCCUAGUUCAUUUAGUCCCUGCAGUUGCUGACUGUUCACUGUUAAUUGCAAGCAUUGAAUGACAAGAAUGUCUUAUGCCAAGCAAGCAACCGUACAACUUUGGAGCAAUUUUGGUCUUUUCAGCCUAGGUGUGAAACAUUAUGUUCUGCAUGCAGCAACUGAGAACUCACGGUUUUCAUCAUCCCCGUCACUUCAUUUCUCUUUUUUUUUUUUUGACCUGGAGUCUUGUUUUUUUUUAUCACAUUGAGGGCAUUACACUAUACCAGCAUGUUGACUGUUUUGUGUGUCGUCGCACUUACCUGUACACUUGUGUCGGGGAAAGCAUGCUGUCCCACCCUGCAUGCAAAUUGCAGGCCAUUUCUGCUGAAGCAACUGUUUGUCCUAGCACAUAUUUAGUCGGAAAUUUGGGAUAUGUAAUUGCUUAAGUCUGAAAAAAAGAAAAAAGCCGAGAAUUGCCCAAUAAACCUUUUAUUCUCCUAUGAAA